GACCACAUUCUCUUUUAGAUGAAAAGUUUUGUGAUGGACUGAGCCAGUAUUUGUGAAGCUGAUUAAAUGUAGAGGACAGGAAAAGCUAUGAUUUCAACCUCAGCGGCCGGUGGAUUUACUGUCCUCCUCUUUGUUCAAGUGGUCCAGAGUCAGACUGACUGGGGAGUUACUUACUCACAAACUAAAGUCUGUGCCUUGGAAGGAUCAACAGUGGAACUAAGCUGCACCUACUCAUAUCCAAAUUAUUACUAUUAUGUAAUUACAUCAUUCUGGUUUACUAAAAUACAGAAUAAUGAACCUGUUGAUGUGAGAACAGACUCACAGUACACAGGACGUGUGGAGUACAGUUGUGAAGGGAAACGCUGCACUCUGAGAAUCAUUAACGUAGAGAAGAGCGACUCAGCUACGUACAGGUUCAGGUUCAUAACAAACCUAGAUGGUGGCAGAUAUAUGGGUAACCCUGGAGUCAUUUUGUCUGUCAAAGAUCCAGAUCUUCAGGUGCAGAGAAUUGAUUCAUGGUCUUCCAAGCUACAACUGAAAUGUCUCAGCCGUUGUCUUUUACCCCAUCUUGUCUCCUAUGUUUGGUACAAGAAUGGACAGAAAAUCUCUGCAGAAAAAUCUUUUUAUUCAGCCGAGUAUUUUUAUGCAGACAGCUACUCCUGUGCUUUGAAAGGCUAUGAGGAUUUUCCCUCUCCUCUGUACUGUUACUAUGAUUCUUCCUGUAACAAAGUGAAAUACACUCACAGAACCAUCUGCGCCCCCAGAGGCUCAUCAGUGGACAUCUCUUGUUCUUGCAGAAGUUAUGAAAGCAUCAGCUCAAAAUUCUGGUUCAGAUCUGAGCAUAGUCAGCAGUGGCAAUAUUAUCUACAACCUAAAGACCUCAGACAAGAUUCCCAGUACAGAAAUCGAGUUCAGGUCACUGACUCUAGGAGAGGAGACACCAGCACCCUGAGAAUCUCUGACCUGCGAAGGAAUGAUUCAGCCGUCUAUCAUUUCAAAUUUACUGCAGGAAGCUCUGGAUGGGGGAACAGUUUACAUGGUACAGCUCUGACUGUAACAGAUUUACAGGUACAGGUGAUGAAGAUAACAACCUACCACUCUUACACAGAGGCAGAGCUGAGAUGUCACAGCAGCUGCAGUGAAGCGGAUCGUCUUUCAUACGUCUGGUCCAGGAACAGACAGACAGUCGACUGGGAGAGUAAAUCUACUUAUAAAGUCAUAUAUGAUCUUGAAGAUGAGAUCUCCUGUGCUUUAAAAGGACAAGAAGGAUUUCCCUCUUCAUCAGUGUAUGCUCCCAUGGUUCCCUCUGUAGUUUGGAACCCUCCUGGUGAGAUAGUGGAGAACUCCUCUGUGACACUGACCUGCAGCACUGAUGCUAACCCAGCCGCUAAUAUCACCUGGUUCAAGAAGAAUGAACCCCAAGACUUUAAACCUUCCAGCAGUGAUCAACAGCUCAUCUUCAGCUCCAUCCAGUCCUCUGAUUCAGGAGAGUAUGGAUGUACAGCAGAGAACAGUCUGGGGAGGAGAACUUCUGCAGACAUUGUUGUUGAUGUCAAAUAUGCUCCAAAGCUUCCCUCUGUGUCUCUGAGUCCUUCUGGUAAAAUCAUGGAGGGCAGUUCAGUGACUCUGACCUGUAGCAGUGAUGCUAACCCUGCAGCUUAUUACACCUGGUACAAGGAGAAGCAGACAGCACCUCAGGGACUACAAGGCCUUCAUGGUUUCAGCACCAUCAGCCCUGAGGACAGAGGGACAUACUACUGCAGAUCUGAGAAUCAGUAUGGAUGGAUCAUCUCCUCUCCUGUAUUUAUAGAUGUCCAGUAUGCUCCAAAGCUUCCCUCAGUCUCAGUGAUUCCCUCUGCUGAGAUAGUGGAGGGCAGUUCAGUGACUCUGACCUGUAGCAGUGAUGCUAACCCAGCAGCUAAGUACACCUGGUACAAGGAGAACCAGACAUUACCUCAGGGACAAAAUGGUACUUAUUCUUUCACCACUAUCCAGUCCAAGGACAGUGGGAUUUACUCCUGCAAGUCUGAGAACAAGUAUGGUCCCAAGACCUCCAAAGGAGUCUGUAUCGAUGUUCAGUACGCCCCACGACCUCCCUCCCUGUCUCUCAGUCCCUCUGCUGCCGUAGUAGAGGGAACUUCACUAAACCUGACCUGUAGCAGUGAUGCUAACCCUGCAGCUAAGUACAGCUGGUACAAGGAGAAUGAAGAAACAUCAGUAGCAUCAGGACAGAUCUUCAUCAUCAGUGACAUUAGAUCUGAACAUGGUGGGAAUUAUUACUGUGAAGCUCACAACAGAAGAGGACGCCACAACUCUACCUUACAUCUGGUUGUUGUUUCUGGGUCAAUGAAAUCAGUAACUGCUGGAUUGGUCACUUUUUUUUUUCUGGUUGUCAUUCUCCUCUGCAUCUUCCUGUUUAUAAGAAAAAAGAGAUCCUCAGGAGAAACCAACAAGCCUGGAAGAAGGCAGGACAAUAAAGGACAGCUCAAUUUGGCCUCAGCUAAUGACUACCCAUCAGCUUCAGCACGAACACAGCCAGCUGAGGAACAGGAAGAUCUGUGCUAUGCCACCGUAAGCUUCUCAAAAAACAACGAAGACCCUCUCUACUCCAACAUUUUGCAAGCUAAACUGGACAGACCAAAGACCAAAAAUGAGGAAGAGGAGGAUGACGUGGAAUACUCUGUGGUCAACUUUGCAAGUGCUAGUUCCCUCCCAGAAUCAAGACGUCAGGAGGUUGUUGAGGAUGCAUCUGAACUGUACAGCAUGGUCAGCAAGAAACCAAGAGCAUGAAUGUAAAUUACAAAUAAAAACCAAAUGUGUUUAGUUAUUGUAAAGACCUGUCUUUACCAUUUACUGCCAUUCAUUUAGAUGGAAUGGUCUCAACCAGAAAGGGGCGGGGCCAGCAUUGCUUGCAGAUCGCCUGGAUGGAUUAUUCUGCUCAGUUAUAAUGUCUCAAAUCAGGCCCUUUAUUUUUGAAAAAGGUUAGUAAAGCUCGGUGACAUUACGUUGCUGGUGUGGAAGCUUGCAUUAACUUGCUACAGGUUAAAAAAACACAAGUGCUUUGUGCAAAUUCUUUGCACAAAAAAUCUCCUCUGGUGAGCAAGGACCUUAAUGAUAUUUAAUUCAAAGCUUUUGCAUUUCUAUCACGAGAUUUUUCUGUCUAAUAAAGUCUUUACUCUCUGUGGUUAUUGAUGUUCAAUGUAGUAAUUGCACUGAUGAAUGUUUAAAUAUCUGAUAUCUUUUAUCUUUAAUAGAACAAAAUUAAAUUAAUAAAAUUUUUCUUAAGCUGUGAGGUUGUUCAUGAAGGUUCGAUGUUUUAUUUUCCUUGUUUUAUUCAGGAUGAAGUAGCUAUCAGGCUGAACAACAGUCUUUGUUUCUGUCUACUUUUUGGUGUUAAUAUCAGAAAUAUGAAAGGUCAGUCUCAGUAGUACUCUGAUCUGAUCCUUUUAGUCACAUCUUCCCCAAACCAAAACUUCAGAAAAACAGUUCAGACUGAAUUUGUUUGUUAAUGCUUUUAUGUAUUUUGGCAACUUUGAGUUUUUGAUGAUGCUGAUGAAGCAAUAUUUAAGUUUAGAACUCGCUUUGUUAUCAUCCAAAGUCAUUCCAUCCAUUAUUUAGCCCAUUUAUUCUCUUUGGGGUCAAAGGGCACUGGAGGCACUCCCUGUGGUCAUAAGGUGAGAGUACACCCUGGACUGGGCACCAGUCAGUCACAGGGCUGACAUAUAGAGAUGACUAGGCAUGCUCACAUUCACACCUAUGGGCAAUUAAGGCCGACCAAUUAACUUAAUGAGCAUGUGGGCUGUGGGAGGAAGCCGGAGUAACUGGGAAGAACCCGGGCAUGCACAGGGUGACCAUGAAAACCACAGGAAAGGCCGUGUAUGACGGCGGUUAGAAUCAGGAACCUUCUUGCAGCGAGGCGACUGCAGUAACCACUGCUCCACUAUGCAGCCCACCUUCAAACGUCAUAUUUGAAAUUCUUUGUUUAUUUGGAUUCCCAUUAGCUUCAGCGUUUACGAUGUGCUAUUCUUCCAGGGGUCAAUACUCAGCAUUUUAAAGUAAACUAAAGAUGCAUUAUUUUAAUCUAGCUUUUGAUUUGGAGGGAUUUUAGAAUCUUUGUUUUUAAGUUUCAUAUUUUUUAGAUUAUAUCCUGAAUAUUUUGAGUUGUA